AUGGUCUCUACGGGUGUGACAGUGCCGGUGAAGGCGCAUCCCCACCGGCGUGCGGAGGCACUGUCUUCGGUGGCUGUCGUGGCUGGAGGUCAGGGUUCGAUGGCUCAGUCUCCGAUUGGUCGUCUCCUCCGCCGACGCAACCAGAUCCGCAUAGUCAAGGACACCCGUGCCUACCGUGCCUGGUCAGCUUUCUUUGCCAAGCAUGGUCGCCGUGAGGAUGAUCCCAUCACUCCGAAAGCCGACGAAGCAACAUCCAAGAGCUUCUUCGAGAACCAGUUGCGUGAGUGGAGGCAGAAGCUGCACAAAAGCCCCACAGCCUGA